AUGAGCUACCCUGGGUACCCCUCUCAGGCAGGAGGAUACCCGCCACAGCCUGGGGCUUACCCACCACAGCCUGGGGCUUACCCACCACAGCCAGGGGCAUACCCUCCCCAAGCAGGAGGUUACCCACCGCAACCAAGUGGCUAUCCACCUCAAGCUGGGGGCUAUCCACCUCAAGCUGGGGGCUAUCCACCUCAAGCUGGGGGCUACCCACCACAGGCAGGAGGCUACCCACCACAGGCAGGAGGCUACCCACCACAGGCUGGAGGCUACCCACCACAGGCUGGAGGCUACCCACAGGCACCACCUCCAGGGAGCUGGGGUGGAGGCCCUACUGGUGGAUAUCCCUCCAUUGGUAUGGACAACUUAUCCAACCCUGGAUACAAUCCUGGCAUGGCCAACCAGAUCUCUGGAGCCAUGGGAGGUUUUCCUCCAAACCCUUCCAUAUUUGCCCAAGUCCCUGGGGGCUACCCACCUGCCCCUCAAGCUGGUGGGUAUGGUGGCCCCAUCCCUAACCAACAGUCAUAUGGCCUGUACUCACAGCCAGGAGGAACCAUGCCCCCGAACCAGGGUCCUGCAAUGGGUUAUCCUGGUCAGCCGGGCCAGCCAAUGCCUGGGUACCCCGGUGCACCAUCGCCCAACCCGUCCAUGCCGGGUUAUGGAGGAGCACCAGGACCUAUGCCUGGGGUCCCAUCACCAAAUCCAUCCAUGCCAGCCUAUGGUGGAGGAGGAGCCAUGCCGAUAGCUCCACCUAUCAAUAGAGGAUUCAGGGGAACAAUCACUGACUUUCCUGGAGCCGACCCACUCAAAGAUGCGGAGGUCCUGAGGAAGGCUAUGAAGGGGUUUGGAACUGAUGAGCAAGCCAUUAUUGACUUGCUCGGGAGUCGGUCUAACCGGCAGCGAGUUCCUUUGCUCCGGACUUACAAAACUGCUUAUGGAAAGGAUCUGAUUAAGGAUCUGCAUUCAGAGCUGUCUGGGGACUUCAGGAAGCUCGUCAUGGCCAUGUUGAAGACCCCAACUGAGUUUGAUGCCUCUGAACUUAAUUCUGCCAUAAAGGGCGCUGGAACCGAUGAGGCCUGUCUCAUUGAGAUCCUGUCUUCUCGUUCCAACGCUGAAAUCAGGGAGAUUAACCGUAUUUACAAACAAGAGUACAAGAAGUCACUGGAGGAUGCAAUUAGUGGGGACACCUCAGGCCAUUUCCGCAGGCUCCUGAUCUCUCUCUCUCAGGGUAAUCGUGAUGAGCGGGAAAAUGUUGACAUCUCCCUGGCUAAACAAGACGCUCAGGCCCUGUAUGCUGCUGGAGAAAACAAACUGGGAACAGAUGAGUCCAAAUUCAAUGCUAUUUUAUGUGCCAGGAGCAAACCCCAUCUCAGAGCAGUGUUUUUUGAGUACCAGCAGAUGUGUGGCAGGGAUAUUGAGAAGAGCGUCAUCAGGGAAAUGUCUGGAGAUCUGGAGAGUGGCAUGUUGGCAGUGGUGAAGUGUAUUAAAAACACCCCUGCUUAUUUUGCUGAGAGGCUCUACAAGGCCAUGAAGGGAGCUGGGACCAAAGACAAAACCCUGAUCCGGAUCAUGGUCUCCCGUUCAGAGGUUGACAUGCUCGAUAUUCGCCAGGAGUAUUUGAAAAAUUACCGCAAGUCACUGUACACUGACAUCUCUGGAGACACAUCAGGAGACUACAAGAAGCUCCUCUUGAAGCUCUGUGGGGGCAGUGACUGAAGGAGAAAGAAUGUCUGUCUGCUUCUUUAUAUUCAGAGGAACUUCUAUAAUCUUCCUGCCUUAUCUGUGUGCACGAUACACAAACUGCAUAUCUGCAUGUGAUGCCAAUGCUUCCAAUGCAAUGUUUACCUAGCUUUUAAAAUCUCCUACAUAUUGUUGCCUUUCUAUAUAUAUUAUAUGUACAAAGGUUUUGGUUUUGUUUUUUUUUUUGUUUGGGUUUUUUGUGUGUUGCCUGGAUUGGAGAGGUAAAUGUACAUGGCCAUAAAAGACAUUUGUAAGAAUUUACAUUGGAUUUUGAAGAGAUAUAUAUUUUUAAAGAUUUUAUUGUGCUAUUUUUCAGCAAUGCUGAUAAAAGUAUGAGGCGUAGAAUACAUAGCAGCUAAGCACCAAAGUAAAAGAUCAUGUUUACAAUUGUACAAUCUCUUCUAUAUAUUUUUUCCUAGACUAGAGUUUUGUUCCCAAUACCUAAAUUUGCAGUAGUUUUAUCACUCAUAAAUUGUCUGUCUUCAUGGGUUCCUGAAAAUAAAUACUGAGAAUGUA